ACUUCCUUGCAAGACAAUCUCCAAUUUGGAGAGUUGUUUAUAACAUUAUCUCCCCUGAUCUUGAAGCGUUUGAAGUGAUGCAACGUGCUGUCAAUUGUGUCCACGUUUUGACUGAAUUUCCUUCGAGGAAUAAAUAAAAACAUAAUUUUGUGCAGAGGUUUCGGAAAAAAACAGGAAUGAAGCUAUACACUGAUGCAGGGAAUUUCCAGGCACUAAAGAUUUUUAUCAGUGCUGAAAUAGCCAAAGAAAAAUUGGAGUUUCAGGAAGUGAAACAUGAAGCUCGGGUUGUCCCGUACAUGAGCAGUCACAAGCUGCCUGUCUUGGAGGUCUACCCAGAAAAGUUUAUAUUUUCCUCCAAUGCUGCUGCCCGCCUGAUUCUCGCAAGGUCCGUGACAGAGGAGAACCCGUCAGCUGUGGACCAAUGGCUGGACUGGGAAUCUGCAUGUCUGCUGCCUGCAGUGUUCCCGUACCUUCAAAGUGUGAUAGUUCAGGGGAAGAUGGAUGAGUCCCUAGUACAGGGAAUACAGAAGUUCCUUGCCUUCUUGGACGGGGAGCUGAAAGGCAAAGAAAUGCUAACUGGGAGUCAGUUGACAGUGGCUGAUGUUGCUGUUUGGUCAACACUGUUUCCUGUUUUCACAGGAAAAUCAGCCCUACCUGGCUACCAGAGUCACUUCCCCAUUCUGCUUACAUGGUUCACAAAAUUGGCAAAUCAAGGCGAAUUUCAGAGGGUUUCUCAAGCCAUGUGUAAAGGAGGCGAUACAAGCUCCCUUAAGGGGUCUCUGACCAUCCAGCCUACACCUUUAAGGGUCGCUGAAACUGCCAAUCAGAAAGAAGCUGUCCAGAAGCAGACAAGCAAAGCAAAGGAAGACACCACGCAGGCUGCCCCAGAGAAAAUAGUAGCCAGUCCAGAAGAGAUACAGGCUGCAACACUGGCCUGGUUGAAAGGCAAGAAACUGUGCCCAGAACCUCUGAAACGUGUACAUCCUGUUCUUCCAGAGAAAGGUCGCCGUAACAUUCUGAUCACCAGCGCUCUGCCAUAUGUCAACAACGUGCCACAUCUUGGAAACAUCAUCGGUUGUGUGCUGAGUGCAGAUGUUUUCUCACGAUAUUGUCGUCUGCGCAACUACAACGUGCUGUACAUCUGCGGUACAGACGAGUAUGGGACCGCUACGGAGACCAAGGCCAUAGCGGAGGGUCUCACCCCGCAGCAGAUAUGUGACAAGUACUCGGCCCUCCACCGCGACAUCUACAAAUGGUUCAAUAUUGACUUUGACUACUUCGGCAGAACUACUACAGAGCAGCAGAAAGUGAUAGCGCAGGACAUAUUCUGGCACCUCCACAAGAAUGGCUACGUUCUGACCAACAGUGUGGAGCAACUGCACUGUGAGAACUGUGAUAGGUUCCUUGCAGACAGGUUCGCGGAGGGCACAUGUCCCAUGUGUAAGUACGAUGACGCCCGUGGAGACCAGUGUGACGCCUGCGGAAAGCUUAUCAACGCUGUGGAACUCAUCAACCCAAAAUGUAAACUGUGUGGCAACAGGCCAAAGGUCCGGUCCAGUGAGCAUCUUUUCCUGGAUCUUCCCAAGGCAGAGCCGAAGCUCCAAGUCCACCUGGACAGUGUGUUCCAGACUGGAUUGUGGACGAACAAUGCGAAGGUGAUCACCAAGUCCUGGAUACGAGACGGGCUCAAACCUCGGUGCAUCAGUCGUGACCUCAAGUGGGGAAUACCGGUGCCCCUAGAGGGCUUCACAGACAAGGUGUUUUACGUUUGGUUUGACGCCCCCAUCGGCUACAUCUCAAUCACUGCCAACUACACCGAGCACUGGGCACACUGGUGGAAGAACCCAGAACACGUCCAACUGUACAACUUUCUUGGGAAAGACAACGUCCCGUUCCACAGCGUGAUUUUCCCUGCGUCACUGCUGGGAGCUGACGAUCACUACACUGUGGUGGGGCACAUGUCUGCUACAGAGUACUUGAACUAUGAGGACGGCAAGUUCUCCAAGAGUCGAGGCACGGGUGUGUUUGGUGAUCAGGCACGUGACACUGGCAUCCCAGCAGACAUCUACAGGUUCUACCUGCUCUAUGUGAGGCCAGAAACUCAGGACAGCAGUUUCAGCUGGGAUGAUCUAUUUUUAAAGAACAACAGCGAGCUUUUAAAUAACCUUGGCAACUUCAUAAACAGAGCUCUGAUGUUUGUGAGCAAUAGUUUUGGUGGCAGUAUACAACAGAUGGACCUCUCAGCUGACGAUUUCAAUCUGAUUGCUCUGGUGACGAGAGAGCUGCGUUCAUACAUUGACAAUAUGGAAAACGCAAGAAUUCGGGACUCCAUCCGGAACGUUCUCAGCAUAUCUCGACUUGGGAACCAGUUCAUGCAGGAAAACAAGCCAUGGGUGCUCGUGAAAGGAUCAGACAUUGAGAAGUCUCGUGCGGGUACAGUAGUGAGUCUGGCUGCAAACCUUGCCUGCUUGCUGUCCGUGUUGUUGCAUCCGUACAUGCCAGAGGUCAGCGCAACCAUCCAGUGCCAGUUGAAUGCCCCUCAGUCUUGCAAUGUGGUCUAUGAGGACUUUGUGUGUCACCUGGACCCCGGGCACAAGAUUGGGCAGCCAUCACCGCUGUUCCAGAAAAUAGAAUCAAGCACAAUCGCAGAGUUAAAAAAACGCUUUGCGGGCCAGGGACCUGCUGCUCCCAGCAAACCCAAGCCUAAGAAAGGAGGGGAACCUUCACAAAACUCCCAGACAGCAACCAGUCCUGCGGAGGUAGAGCGAUUACAAGGGGAGGUAACAAGUCAGGCGAACAAGGUUCGAGACUUGAAAGCAAAGAAGGCAGAGAAGGGUGUAAUAGACGCCGAAGUGAAGAUCCUCCUGGAUCUAAAGAAACAGCUUGCUGACGCACAAGUACCCUCUGCCGUCACAGAAACCGGGGGAGGUAAAAAGAAGGGUGAGAAGGGAGAUCAGCCAGGGGUGAAACAGGAGGUGAAAGUAACAGCCAACAACGUGACUUCCAGUCCUGCAGAAGUUGAGAGACUAAAUAAGCUUGUUACUGAGCAGGGUAACAAAGUUAGAGAAUUGAAGACCGCAAAGGCAGAGAAAGCGCUGGUUGACACAGAAGUGUCCAAACUUCUUGACCUCAAACGUCAGCUUGCACUUGCCCAAGGAGAGAACCCUGAUGCCUCACCAGCAGGAGAGAAACAGAAGGGCAAGAAAAAGUAAUAACAACUUCAGAGGAGGCAAUUGGAAAAGCCUUAAACAAUGGCUAUUUGAAUGAACUAUUUGAAAUAUUUGCCUAUAUAAUGGUGUUAUAUACUAUACAACACUUGUUUUUAUGCCCCCGGUAGGGUGGCAUAUAGCAGUUGAACUGUCCGUCAGCAUGUCAGUCAGUCUGUUCGUCCGUCCGAAAAAAACUUUAACAUUGGCCUUAACUUUUUCACUAUUGAAGUUAGCAACUUGAUAUUUGGCAUGCAUGUGAAUCUCAUGGAGCUGAACAUUUUGAGUGGUGAAAGGUGAAGGUGAAGGUCAUCCUUUAAGGUCAAAUGUGAAAUAUAUGGCGUCUGUCCGUCUCAAAAUUUUAACAUUGGCCAUAACUUUUUCAAUAUUGAAGAUAGCAAAUUGAUAUUUGGCAUGCAUGUGUAUCUCAUGAAGCUGCACAUUUUGAGUGGUGGAAGUUCAAGGUCAAGGUCAUCCUUCAAGUUUAAAGGUUAAAAAGAAAAUAAAAAAAUAUUUUUUUCAAAGCAGCGUUCUCAUGAAGCUGCACAUUUUGAGUGGUGGAAGUUCAAGGUCGAGGUCAUCCUUCAAGGUCAAGGUCAUCCUUCAAGGUCAAAGGUAAAAAAAAUAAUUUCAAAGUGGCGUUAUCAUAAAGCUGCACAUUUUGAGUGGUGGAGGUUUAAGGUCAAGGUCAUCCUUCAAGGUCAAGGUCAUCCUUGAAGGUCGAAGGUAAAAAAAUAUAAAAAAUUAUGCGGGGCAAUAGGGAGCAUUGUGUUUCUGACGAACACAUCUCUUGUUAUUGUCAGAGUACUGCAUGUAAUACAUGUAUCAAAGUUUUAUUUGACACAGAGAGUUACUAUACAUAUGACUACCCUCUUGAAAUUCUUUAAACUGCUUUAAACGAAACUGUAUGAAACAACUCUCAAAUUAACUAUAUUACUUGAAUAUGUUUUUAUUUUGCUAGUAUUUAUCAAUCAGAUCUUAACCCGGUUUCUGUGUUUUGCAAUAAUAGUGCAAAUAUUUGUUUAUAAGAGCUUUUGAAAGUUGAAUUUGUGCACUUGUAUUUAUUUAAUAAAUAAACGAAAAUCAUUA